CCUCCUCGCGGCGGCGGCGGCUUUCUCGGCCGGCUCCCUGCUCUUCCCCGCGGCUUCGUCUCGCUCCUCUCUGGGAGGCUCCCGCGCCGUUCUGGCGAGGAACGAAGCUGCUGUGAGGAGCCUCUGAAGAGUUCCAGGGUGAAGAGACCUGUCUCCAUCUGUAAACCUCUGCUAAAGGUGAAGACCUAACAGGUCAGGCAGCCUUAACAAGAGAUCAAAGGUCUUGUAUCAAGAAUCCCCUGGAGCAUUACAUUCGCUCAUUCAGAGUGUGGACAAGAGUUUGGCAUUGCCCUCAUACAGAUCGCUGCCGGUAGUGGAGCACAAAGGGGACGGCGAGACUCCCACAUCGUUCAGCGAGAAGAAAGGAGUCGGUGGAGCAGACUAACAGGGACUUGUGUCGGGUGGCCUUGCCCUACAAAGGCUGCCUUUAAAAGAGAAACGCAGUGUUAUUUAAUGAGCUGUGAGAUGAGGCGCUGCUGCUGACGCUCAGAUCCCAGGAUUCAUCGGCUAUUCAUUGUGCUUAAUGUACAUGUUUCUGCACCGUGCAUUGAGGAGAUCCCAGAGAAGAUUCCAAAACGGCUGCGGGGGAAAGGCCACCAAACAUGCCUACAGAAACACUACCGACAGGUAGCAUGGUGAAGCCGGUCAGCCCUGCCGUCACUUUCACGUCCGCCGUUCCUCUCCGCAUCCUGAACAAAGGACCCGACUAUUUUCGCAGGCAGGCGGAGCCUAAUCCAAAAAGACUGAGUGCGGUGGAGAGGCUAGAAGCCGACAAGGCAAAAUAUGUCAAGAGCCAGGAGGUCAUCAAUGCCAAGCAGGAGCCUGUGAAGCCAGCGGUGCUGGCAAAGCCGCCCGUCUGUCCUGCGGCCAAGAGAGCGCUCGGGAGCCCCACCUUGAAAGUCUUCAGCAACAAUGCAAAGACAGAGAGCGGUGUCCAGAGAGAAAACCUGAAACUUGAGAUUUUGAAGAACAUCAUCAACAGCUCCGAAGGCUCCAGCUCAGGUUCAGGGUAUAAGCACGGUCCUCGAAACUGGCCACCCCACAGAGCUGAUUCAACAGAGUUGAACCGACACUCAUUUGCUGAAUCUUUGAAGGUUUACCCCACGCAGGGCCGCAGCAGCCCACAGGAGAGCAGCUCCAAUGUCAGCAGAAGGCUCCUAGAUCAGUCAGCAGAGACUUUCUUGCACGUCUCUCACAGCUCCUCAGACAUUAGGAAAGUAACUAGUGCAAAGCCCUUAAAAGCAAUACCCUGCAGUAGUUCAGCCCCACCCCUGCCUCCAAAGCCCAAAAUCGCUGCCAUCGCCACCCUGAAAUCCCCAGAGAUUGAGGCAGUUGAGUCUGGAUGUGGAGUUAGUAGAAGACCCUCCCUACAGCGAUCAAAAUCAGACUUAAGCGACAGAUAUUUUCGUGUCGAUGCAGAUGUUGAGCGGUUCUUUAACUACUGCGGACUGGAUCCUGAAGAGCUUGAAAACCUCGGGAUGGAAAACUUUGCAAGGGCUAACUCUGAUAUUAUAUCCCUCAACUUUCGCAGUGCAAGCAUGAUUAGCUCAGACUGUGAACAGUCUCAGGACAGCAACAGUGACCUUAGAAAUGAUGACAGUGCCAAUGACCGUGUGCCAUAUGGCAUUUCUGCCAUUGAAAGGAAUGCCAGAAUCAUCAAGUGGUUAUAUAGCAUCAAGCAAGCUAGAGAGUCACAGAAAGUAUCCCAUGUGUGAGAGAAAAUCCACCAUAGAAAAAGCAAGGACUGUAUCUUUGUCUGUGAAUAUUCAGUUGUGAAGGGUUGUGAAGUCUACUUGAAGUCUUGUACACUUCUCAAAUCUCUUUGUGUUGCUUGUUGUGCAAUGUUUCCAAGUUGCAUGCCUGUCAACAUGUGAGCUGACCUGGCUUCCACUUGAACAAUAACUAACUACAAAGCCUGGCUGAGCAUACACAUUAUCUGCCAAAAGUUUAAGACAAGAAUCUAAUUAGGGCUUCAGUAUAAUCAAAGUGUUUACAUGGAAAGGUUAUAUGACUUCUUUGGUAUUUAUGUAGUUCCGUGUGGAUUUUAUAUGUCACUUUUUGUCUUAAUACAGAUAUUGUCAACUGACGUUACUAGCUUCUAAGUUGAAACAGAAUCCCAUUGGGGAGAAGAAAAGCAAAAUUGGCCAAAAUAGGAGGUUUAGGCAUACGACGAUAGGCAAAGCAGCCUUAUCUCUUGUAGAAAGUGCAUUAUUGGCAUAUGUAAAACUGUUUCUAAAAAGCAAAGAAUGUUGUAUUCUUAAAUUAUGUAUCAUUGUUAAACUGUAUAUCCCAACUUGUAGUAAGGGACUGUUCAGUAAAGGUUUCUUUUUUCUAGGUAAGUUCCCUCAAUUUUACAGCAGAAGUAGUCUAGUGAAUCUACUUGACCUCUCAUAAACUAAAUGACUCUUGUGUUUGGGAUGGUAUAAGCAUUUUAAUGGUUUUGUGUUACCCUGUUGGAAAAGCUUAAAGAAGGUUGGAGUCAACAGGUGGAAACAUUGUGGGUGCAGGAUUUCGCAGGUUUGGUUUUUAAUCGAAGAUUCCUGGUCUUAAACUUUUGACAGGAAUUAUUAGAUCCUAUAGCUGAUAUUGAAUGCCUUUCUUAGUCAAACGCAUCAUGGCAACAAACUCCAUGCUGUCUUUCAAAAAUUUUUGUAGACCUAUUUGAACAGUUAAUGAACAAAAAUGGAAACACACAGCCAUAUUAAUAUAACGCCUCCUGUUCAGAAGUAAAUACACUCAGUAGCUGAACUAUAUCUGAGAAAUUGUGAUUAUGUUGUCUUGCAUAUGUUAUAUCUAAGGCUGUGGAAAUUUGUUACAGCUCUAGGAAAGUGUAGAAACAUGACAGUAUGUAGCUUUUAUUUUCUUUUACUUUUUUUAAAUUUGAUUUCUUCUUAUGAUGGUUAGUGCUGCACGUCAACCUGUUAAAAAUCUUUUGAUAAUCUGUGUCUUCCCAGAAGUUGAAAGUACAGUGGUCUGCUUCAUUAUUAUUGUAUACAUGCUUUGAAGUAAAUUGCAGCACUACCUUACACUUCAUCAGCUAAUAGGAAACUUUUUUUAUUGUGUAAAUGCUGUAAGACUUUGUAUAUACUUCAGUUGUUAUGAAAUCUUUAAAAGGAAGAGUGUUAUGCUAAUAAAUAGCUCCUGGUGCAGGUAUGGUAGGUUUUUUGUUCUGUUUUUUACCCCUCCCAUUUUUAAAACUAUAUCGGGAACUCAGCUGGAGUGUGUUUUAGUGCUGUAGAAGGUCUUGGUAAAAUAAUAGUUCCAGUAAAAGGUUUCUUUUACUAAAGUGCUUUUCAGAAUAUAAUUUUUUAUAAAGUAACUAUAGCAGCAUGAUCUGUCAGAAGACCUAGAAGAGAUUUUCCAGACUCCUAAAAUAGCUUGCUUCUUCCUUACCUAGCAAUGUUACUGUUCCCGUUUAUGGCAUCUGUUCAUAAUGAAUCACCACAGUCUUCUGAAUUAUUCUUCAGUAGUGCUUAUUUACAUAUUUGAAUAUUAAAGAUGUUUUACAAAGUCGGGUUCUAUCUUUUCUCUAAGAAGCCUGUAGCCCAGCUUCUUAUUGAUAGCCACAGUUAAUGCAGGUGAGCCUGGAAGCUAAGCCAUGUGGUGAUUUGUUGCAUAUGAAAUUAUCCUACAUCAAGUUUUAUAUAAUUGUUUUCCAAAUGAUUGUUUAUGUAGGGGGAAAAAAAGCACACAUUCAGUAUCAGGAGGCUACUCUGUGAUUUUUACAGUUGGCUUCACAACCUUGAACUUAACAACUUUCCUAGUUCGGUCAAAAAAAUGAGGAGCUAUGUGUUUCAGCUACAGUUACAUUUGUGACAUUUUAAGCUUCAUGGGUUUCAGUUGGCAUUGACAUCACACUGGUUUUUCAAGCAUAUUUUUCCAAUAGUAAGUUCUACUCAGUUCAGUGAUUAUUUUGCCAAGGAAAAUAAUGCUUAAGGGAUUAAAGCCAAGUGUAAUGCAGCUGUAUAGCAAUGAAAUAAAGAAGUUAAUACCGAAAUAAAAAUGCA